AUAGCCAGCGCUAGCCAGUGCAGCAGGGAGCGGCACGGCAACUCGGUGGCGGCGCCGGAGGGCUCAGCGCUCUUUGCAUGUUGCGCUAAAGCCUUGCGAUCUCAUUCUAAUCACGCGUCUCCGUUUCAUUUCUAAGGCACGAAAGACCGGCACUGUCAAAUACAGCGUGCUCGAGCGACUCAACGACUCCGGAGUCGGUGGCUGUGGGAAGUAAACACUACCGCCGGUGACGAGACGCUACGUGGUUUCGAAAAACGCAAUUUCGCCGGCAAUGGAGAGAGCUGCAGGCAAGAUGCCCUCGCAACCACGGUCCUGCAAGGAAUGCUGCAUGCAGUUCACGGGCCCGGUGCCUUACCUGGACCACAUGCAAAGCGCUAAGCACAAGAAGAAAAUGGCAACCCUGAAUCAGACUGACGCGCCAGCUGCGCCUGUAGACACCAGAGUGGUGGGCCCCGUCAAGAGUACCUCCAUACUGAGACAUCCCCUGCCGUUUUCCUGCAAGCUCUGCAACGUCUCAAUGAACUGCGAAGCAGCACUGACAGCACACAAUAAGGGAAAAAGGCACCAGCGGGCCCUCAAGAGUCAAGGCACCAUUCAGGAAUCAACCGACGUGUCAUCGGCAAAGCCGCUCGACGGCUCUGCUUCUUCAGUCAGCGGUUCGAAUCAGGCGCCGGCGGAAGAUCUCUCUUGCGAGUACUGCGGCAUUGUGCUUUUCAAGAGCAUGGAGUAUAAGCUCCUCCACCUGGAGACAGAAGCCCACCGGAAGGACAAGCAAUGGCCCGUCACAGAGCAGGGGUAUCAGAGCGACGAACCAUUGCUGAAGAGGCCGAAAACAGACUACUCAAAAAGCGAAGUCACCGGAGGCCCCAACGGCAGAUACGACGAGUACGGAGGCGCGUACGACCAGUACAGCGAGUACCCAACUGGUGCCAGUCAAUACGAUGGAUACGGCGGCCUCUGAAGGUCGCUGCAUGCACUGUAUCAACAAUUGGCUUUGUACAGGUGGUGGUUCUGGGGCAUUGCUACGAGCUGGACUGAUUGAUGACCCAAAUUGCCUCCUCGUGAUUGUGACAUGUUUACACCUGAAAAUUCCGUAUAAAUCACCUAUCACCCUCCUCCUGAUGCACGUGAUACUUUUUCCUGUUCUAGCGAGCACUGCUUCAUCAUCUGUGACAUGAUUCCUACAAUGUGUUUACCGUCAAGCCUGAGGCUAAAAGCCUUACAAAUGGGGUUCUUAAUGCUCAUUUGAUCUGGUAAGAUAAGAAAAGACAGGAAAGCUAAAGAGCGUGGUUGGGGCUAACAUCAUGAUGGGCAAAAUCUCGCACCUUCUUUCACACAUCCCAACUCCCAUAUGUGUGUGUGUUGUAAUCACGGCUUUACAUGCUGUUGAAGUGAAAUACAACUGAGCAACUGAGAAGUCUUC